AGCCUCCCACACUUAAAGCCAGGAAAUAGUGGUUGCCUAGCAAGUUUCUUCUCCGCCGAGAAAAGUUUGGAGACGUGUUUUCUCGUCUGAUUCGAGGACGUUUUCGUUCCCAGAAGCCUUUUAGCACACAUUUUCCCGAAAGAGGACCAGGUGGAAGCUCUGAAAAAUGUCGGUCGCAGGAUUUAAGAAGCAAUUUUUCAAAGCCAGUCAGAUGAUGAGUGAGAAGGUUGGAGGUGCAGAAGGAACCAAACUGAAUGAGGACUUUAAAGAACUUGAAAGGAAAGCAGAUGUUACCAGCAAAGCUGUUGUGGAUGUCAUCAGUAAAACAUCAGAGUACCUGCAGCCCAAUCCCGCAUCGAGAGCUAAGCUCUCCAUGCUCAACACCGUGUCCAAAAUCCGUGGGCAGGUGAAUAGUCCUGGUUAUCCCCAGCCGGAGGGGCUUCUGGGAGAGUCUAUGAAUAAAUAUGGACGGGAUCUAGGCGAGGACAAUAACUUUGGUGGAGCUCUGCUGGAUGUUGGAGAGACAAUGAAGAGGCUGGCUGAGGUCAAAGACUCUCUGGAUAUCGACGUGAAGCAGAAUUUCAUUGACCCACUGCAGGCAGUCGCUGAGAAGGAUAUCAAAGACAUUCAGCACCACUUAAAGAAGCUGGAAGGUCGCCGUUUGGACUAUGAUUAUAAAAAGAAACGUCAAGGUAAAAUCCCAGAUGAGGAGAUUAGGCAGGCCCUGGAAAAGUUCCACGAGUCCAAAGAGUUGGCUGAGAGCUCCAUGCAUAAUCUGUUGGAAACUGAUGUGGAGCAGGUGAGUCAGCUGUCUGCCUUUGUGGAGUCCCUGCUGCAGUACCACAGGCAGGCCUCAGAGAUCCUGGAGGAGGUCACCGGAAGGCUGAGAGAAAGGGUGAACGAAGCUCAAUCCCGUCCGAAGCGUGAGUUCAAACCUAAGCCCGCACAAUCCUUUGACUACGGAGACACAGAGCACUCAAAUGGAGGAUAUUCACCUGGUUCUGUGAGCCCUCCAGCAUACGCUCCUCCUGCAGCCCAAGCACAGUAUCCACCUCCACCCGUCCAAAGACCCUCCAUCAAGAACAAACCGCGGGAGCCGUGCUGUAAAGCCCUGUAUGACUUCAACCCUGAAAACGAAGGCGAGCUGGGCUUCCAAGAGGGGGAAAUCAUCAUGUUGGUCAGCCGAAUCGACGAGAACUGGUUUGAAGGAAGGCUCGGCAAAAAAUCUGGAUACUUUCCCACCAACUAUGUGGAAGUGAUUGUGCCCCUUCCACACUAACGCAGGAAAGGAGCAUCUUUUUGGGAAGAUAGAGGUUUAAGAAAUAUUAGCAUUAAAACGUAAACAUAGGAAAUUAAAUAUUUUUUGUAUCUUUGGGAUUACUUUUUUUUUAGUAAAAACGUGAGACUUCCUAUUCUAUCAAGAUUGAAUGGAUUUGCAAACAUAAGAACACUAAGGACCAUUGGUUCAAUUAGUAAAACGACGCAUGAUAUUUGAGUGCAUUUGCCAUAUCCUGAGUCUUUAGAAAACAUUUUUUUGCACCUAUGCACUUUGUGCACAAACAGAAAGAAACAUCUGUUAGAUGUGCAUCAGUAUCUAAAGGUGUAACGACUCUGUCUUAUCCAGUUUCAUGCACGUUAGUCGCAACACACAGUAUCUUGUUCUGUAUACUGCAAAUAUUGGAACUAAACAACAUGAUUUUGUGUUUAUUGUACAGUUUUAGCAUCUUUGUCGACAGACGAGCAAUAAGAUAAAAGACACUACAGGGACCCAUUAGCCUCAAAUGUUUGAUAAGAGCAAUCUUAUACUGCCAUCUGGUGGUUCUAUUCAAAGGGUAAUUUUUUUGGCUUUGUAUUUGUGUUAAAAGCCUUGAAUUUUUUAUUUUUUUUUUAAUGCAGGGAUCCUCAGUAAAUCCACCACUUUAUUACAUUUAUCACACUUAUGCUGCAUUACAUUUGUCUAAGAUGUGGGGAAUGUGUCACACCGAGCUCAGCAGAUUCUAGUUGCAGGUUGGAAAACCAGUGGGAUUUUCUGUUUGUGGUGGUGCUAACUGUUGUUUAAAUACAAGCUAAUUGCAAAGAAUUUAUCUCAAUUUUAUGGGAUCUAUACCCUAAACGAACCUGACUAAUAUAUGCUUCUCAGCACUGUGUUAGAAAUAAAAACUUUAUACCUUUUUAUAACUUUCACUACAUUUUAUAUGUGCGGCAGCCAUAUUGGAUGCAGAAUCCGGGGCUGCACUGAGAAUCUUUUUGUAUUUCCGACUGGGAACUUGGAAAAUCCAACUUGCAAAUACAAAUAGAAGGCACCAUAAUUAUCUUUUGUGAUGUUUUGUUCCUAUAUAAAUACCUGUAUUCUGGUCUUUAAACACACUCCAAUUAUGUUUCAAAAUACUAAUACCAAAGAAAAGUUGCUCAUAUUUCUGAAAUUCCAGUUCAGUUUUCUGUUAUUAGUCAUAAGACAUAGCUGUAUUUCAUUCAGUCUAAUUUAACUUAAAAUCCUCAUGAACAAAAGGACGAUGUUGAUUUAGUCUACAUAAUGAGCAGCAUUUCACCAAAGCCAACAAUGAUGAUUUCUGUCCGCUUGUCUGUUUUCUCAGGCUCAGCUGAUGCUGCUGGCAGUGUCACUACGUUUUUUUGUUGUGAAUUUUCCAUCUAUGCUCUGCUCUCCUCAGCUUUGUGUAGGCUUUGCUUUGAUUUGGAGCAUGGAAAUGUAUGAUGAUGUGAGCUUGGCGUUGCUGUACCUGCCUCUGCUUUCAGACGUAAACUGUGCACCAGAUCUGACGGAGGAUGCUAUCUCCCAGUGAUUGUGCACAGAAUUUACAAAUAAGAUCUGACCACAAUCACUGGUUUCAGUUCCAGUUAAGCCUAUUACAAGCAAACUAUAAACUGUCGCGGUUCAUGCCGUUUGUAAAAAUGCUAACUUUCUCCUCUUGUCAUGAUCCUCUUGUUAGACUGCCCCCUGCACCGCUCGGUUUUUGCCAUCUCUAUUUAAAGUGCAAGUGGAACAGACAGGUCUUUUUAUGCAGAAAAUGGAACACAGCAGUGGAUUUUGCCCUCCCCCACCACUCUAUUCAUCACCUGCCCCCUUACCCCUGCCCCCCUUUCCUCAUUAUCUGUCGUGUCCCAACCCCACUGUGCCUCUCAUGUUCAGUCUCGUAUGCAUACUUUAAAUUAUGUCUCCACUGCCUGUCCUACAGACCUCCUAAUGUGUCUGUUAUUAGUGGUAUGUCUAGGACCCUUGUUGUGGUUCAGCUGUGGGUUUACAUGCCUCAUUACACUAACCAAAACUCCUUGAAGUGAGGCAGAAGGUCUGCAGCUCAGCUUGGAUCAUCUAGAUGACAAAUGACGUUGUGGAACAAAGGGCUGAGAUCAGUUUUUGUGGGCUGCUGUUAUAGCGGCUCAGAGCCAUAGCAGUGCAGCAUCUAACAUUACUAUGUUAUUAUGUAUCAGCUUUGCAAUGUUGAUGAAGUAUUAACAGCUUUAAUGGAAAUGUUCUGUGAAAGAUAUAUCUCGUUUGUAUUUGUAUGUGUUUUGUAAAAAGCUUUUGAUUCAUUCAGUACCUUGUUUCUGUAACUGUGAUGCUUCGGGGAGGGUAAACGUCGGGGUUAUCCUGGAUUAACUCCAAAAUACGUGGAUUACCUCUAUACUACCCUAAAUAUGUAAUCUUGUGUAUUGUGUUUUAUUCUCUAUGAAUUAUAUUUGUUCAUUUUCUUCAAUAAACGGUAAAUACGUUU